AAGAAUGCGACAUGCCGGAUAUGUUUGCUGUAGAACAAUAAGAAAUAUAAUACAGUCCUUUUUCACUUUGAAUAGAAAAUAAAAUGCGAUAAUAUAUUUUAUAAACGUUCGGUCCUGACGGAUUGAUACUGAAAUUUGUAAUUUAGUUUUUUUUUGUCACUAGAUUCUUUGUAAUACUAGGAGAAUAGUGGGAAGCGUGGUGCUUUUGUGUCUAAGAUUUGCUGAAGCCAACUAGCACGUUCUGAGGCGGGAUAGUACAGUACGUUAAUUAUAACAAAACAUAAAGAAACACACACACGGUGAUUUUAGCUAAACAUUUUCGACGACACGGAACAGUCUUCUGGCUGUACACCCUGCGAGGUAUGAGCUAUGGAUACGGCAGCUGGAGAGGCCGGCGAGGGGGUCGCGGGUCCGGCGAGGACAGCGGUGAGCGGUGGGACCGCGGAGCCGGGUCAAGCAGAGGGGGAUACCAGAGAAACCCCGGCGGGGACCACCGGGAGGACGAAGACUCGUUUCGGGGACGGCACCCCAGCCACCUGAAAGGCAGGGAGAUCGGGCUGUGGUACGCCAAGCGAGGAGGGGUGAAAAGGAAGGAACAGGAGAGAAAAUCGAGAGCUGUGGUUCAGAUGGAUGAAUCGCGAGAGCACCACAUCACCCAACUCCUCAACUCUGUCCAGACUGACAGCGCCCCAAAGGAAGCCCGCUCCUCUGCAUCUGAGGCGCCCCAGCCUCACAGAGACAGCCAGAGGGUUUUCCGAUCUGAUAGUGCUACACAAAAGGAUACUAAGGAAGUAAAUGACCAUGACUUGGAAUACUUAUUCCAAGACAUUGUUCGAGAUUCUAGUCUUGACCAACAGCUGAAAAGAGAUCUCCAGCGAAAAAAAACAGAUCCAAAGUACUUGGAAAUGUUGAAAUUCAGGGAGAAACUUCCAUCAUAUUCAAUGAGAAAGGAGCUGGUGGACCUGAUAAGAGGGAAUCAGGUGGUGGUGGUCAGCGGAGAGACGGGUUGUGGCAAAACGACGCAGGUGACUCAGUUCAUUCUGGACGACUACAUCGAGAGAGAGAUGGGAUCGCUGUGCAGGGUGGUCUGCACUCAGCCCAGGAGGAUCAGUGCUAUUUCUGUGGCUGAAAGAGUUGCUGCAGAAAGGGCAGAAAAAUGUGGAGAAGGAAACUCCAGUGGCUAUCAGAUCAGACUGGAUUGCCAGUUACCAAGGAAACAAGGCUCUAUCUUAUAUUGUACAACAGGCAUCAUUUUGCAGUGGCUGCGGUCAGAUUCACACCUGUCGAGCAUCAGUCACGUCGUUCUGGACGAAAUUCACGAGAGAAACCUUCAGUCCGAUGUGCUGAUAACCAUAGUAAAAGACCUGCUCGAACUCCGUGAUGAUUUGAAGAUCAUCCUGAUGAGUGCCACAUUGAAUGCUGACAAAUUUUCCAAAUAUUUCGAUAAAUGUCCCAUGAUUCACAUCCCUGGCUUCACUUUUCCAGUGAAGGAGUACCUGUUGGAAGAUGUAGUGGAAAUGCUGAGGUACCGUCCGCAGGCUCAGGACCGCCGUCCGCAGUGGAAGAAGAGGUUCAUGCAGGGCCAGCAGUUCCGGCCGGAGAAGGAGGAGAAGGAGGAGGAGUACAGGGAGACCUGGCCCAGUUACGCCAGAAGCCUGCGAGACCGGUAUUCAGACAGCACAAUCGAGGUCCUAGAAAUGCUGGACGAUGACGAUAAAAUUGACCUGCCCCUCAUCGUAGAAUUGAUCCGGUACAUUGUCAGGAACGAUGAGGACGGAGCAAUACUGGUGUUCUUGCCUGGCUGGGACAACAUUAGCACACUAAACGAUCUCUUGAUGGCUCAGCAGAUGUUUAAGUCAGACAACUUUAUCAUCAUUCCACUGCACUCCCUGAUGCCCACCGUCAACCAGACCCAGGUUUUUAAGAGACCUCCUCUGGGCGUUCGUAAAAUUGUGAUUGCCACUAACAUUGCUGAAACAAGCAUCACCAUCGAUGACAUUGUUCACGUCAUAGACGGGGGCAAAAUAAAGGAGACCAACUUUGACACUCAGAACAACAUCAGCACCCUGACCGCUGAGUGGGUCAGCCUGGCCAAUGCUAAACAGCGAAAAGGCCGUGCUGGGAGGGUACAGCCUGGUAAGUGUUACCAUCUGUAUAAUGGGUUGCGGGCCAGCCUUCUCGAUGACUAUCAGCUGCCUGAAAUUAUGAGGACUCCCCUGGAGGAACUGUGCUUGCAGAUAAAGAUACUAAAGCUUGGGAGAAUUGCAUCAUUCCUUCGGAAAACACUGGAUCCUCCUUCGGAACAGACAGUGCAGUUAGCAAUUACUCAUUUAAUGGAUCUGAAUGCCUUGGAUAAGGAUGAGGAGUUGACUCCUCUCGGUGUUCACUUGGCGCGGAUGCCAGUGGAACCUCACAUCGGGAAGAUGAUCCUGUUCGGAGCGCUGUUGAGUUGCCUCGACCCUGUCCUAACUAUUGCCGCCAGUCUGAGCUUCAGAGAUCCCUUCGUCAUUCCUUUGGGCAAGGAGAAGAUUGCGGAUACGAAGAGAAAGCAGCUGGCGAAGAAUUCCAAAAGUGACCACCUGACAAUUGUGAAUGCAUUCUGGGGCUGGGAAGAAGCAAAGCGAAGGAGUUACAAAGCUGAGAGAGACUACUGCUGGGAGUACUUUCUCUCUUCAAACACGCUCCAGAUGCUGCAAAACAUGAAGGGCCAAUUUGCAGAGCACUUACUGGCAGCUGGUUUUGUCCGCAGCAAAAACCCUAAGGACCCCAAUUCCAAUAUCAACUCGGACAAUGAAAAGCUGAUAAAAGCUGUCAUUUGCGCUGGAUUGUACCCCAAGGUUGCCAAGAUACGACCUAGUUUCAGCAAGAAACGAAAAAUGGUAAAGGUUUAUACGAAAUCCGAUGGCAAAGUCAACAUCCAUCCGAAGUCUGUAAACGCUGAAGAAACUGAGUUCCACUACAGCUGGCUUAUCUAUCACCUCAAGAUGAAGACGAGCAGUAUUUUCCUGUACGACUGCACGGAAGUCUCCCCGUUUUCCUUGCUGUUCUUCGGAGGGGACAUCUCUAUCCAGAAAGACCAGGACCAGGACACCAUUGCUGUGGACGAAUGGAUAGUCUUCCAGUCCCCCGCUAAGACAGCACAUUUAGUAAAGGAUUUAAAGAAGGAACUUGAUGCUCUCCUGCAAGAGAAGAUUAAAAAUCCUCAGCCAGUAGACUGGAAUGACACAAAAUCCAAGGACUGUGCAGUCAUAUCAGCGAUCAUAGAUCUCAUCACGACACAGGAGAGUGGGGCGUCUAGGAACUUUGCUCCUAGAUUUGGUGAAGGCUACUACAAUUAAUGAUCUCUGUGAACAUGUAGCUGGAGGAGCAUGUGACCAGUAAUAUUUUUUUUUGUGAUUCAGCAAUAGAGUGGCUAAAGACAUUUAACAGAAAUUUUCAUUUCUUUUCAGAAUGAACUCAUGAGAAAAUAGCUUUUGAGAGAAAAGAGUCACUUGGAUCUUGUUACAAGCAUUUGUGAAUUGUCUCCUUACAGUAUCGGAAUCCUAAUAUAAGGAGUUUGUUAAACCUUAUGGAUUAUUUUGUUUUAUAUUCAUUUGUAUUUAACCUUGUUUUGCAUAACUGUGCAAGUUAGUGUAUUAUAGUGUUGCUUAUAAAAUGUAUAAAGAUGCAUGAAUUAGUUUUCUUCACUAGUUUAAGCUUAAGACAUGAACACUUUAAGAGGUUAAAUUCAACCUGAAGUUAACAUUUUGUGCAGAUCACAAUUUGCUUACAUUAAUGUCUUGGAUCAUUUUGUCAACCUGAGUUAUCUUAUGCUACUGCAUGAGCAUUAUCUAUCGAUUCAAUGCAAGAAAACAAGCAGCUUCUAAACAGGUAGGUAUAAUAACUUAGUCUCAAAAUCUCCUAAACCUAUCUGUAUGCAGUCUGUAUACUCAUACACAGUGAUUAUGUGACUGUUUCAAGUACAGAUGUUCUCUUUGUGAUUUAUAAAUUCCUUCUUAAAAUAGA